AUGGAAGACAGCUUUUGUUAGAUGUUGCAACAGCAGAUUUUUACCAUUAUCAGGCCAGAAAUAAUGGCAAUGAUAAUUCUACAUUAAUUAGAUUUAGUAUGGCAAGGAAUUAAUUGUGUUUUAAUGAUCAACAAGAACGAAGUUUUAGAAUAACCUAAUUAUUAGAUUCUGAGGUUAAGAAUAAUCUGGAUCAAUUUUUUUAAAUUUAAAUUUGAUGUUAUAUUUGAUAAUUUAUGAAUCCACGAGGUGUCUUCAGGUGUAUCAAAAUAAAAUAAUCCAUACACUCAGAUAGAAAUAGUAGAUCUCAAUACUCAGAUGAUUAAGAUUUCUGAUUAGGUUGUGAUGGUCCUUAUUAUGAUUAGAAUCACCAGAAUAAAUUACAGUAUGUUUAAACCUGAAGUUAAAAUGUUCAAAAUCAGAGGCAAGAGUUUUUAUUAGAGAAGCAAAAAUCUAAUAGCUACUCAGUAUCACCUUCGAUAACUCCAAGAUCUCAUAGUCAAUAACAAUUAGAAAGAAUGAGAUCCAAAACCUUCUAUAACGAAAUUUCAAAUGCGAUGACAAAUCCUACUUAGUAACGAUUAGCAAUAAUUGGGAAUAUGCGAAGAAUUCUAGAAAAGAAACUAUAUUUUAAUUAUAACUUGCAAAAUUGAAUAGGAAGUCCAAUUAUAGAAUGAGAAAAUAAAGGAUAUAUUUAAAAAUCAAGCCUAAUCUAUGGAGAAGAAUAAUUUCGGUUGUUUUAAUAAGAGUAAUAGAAGAUGUUUGAAAGGUCAAAAGUGUGCCUAAUAAAAUAGGCUAGAUUUGAUGAAAUUUGGAUAAUCAUGGAUGCUUUAAGUGUAGAAUAAAAUUGAACUUGUAGGAAAGAAAUAAGAGUGCUAGAGUAUAUUGUGAUAACAUAGCUGAAAUAAUCUUACCAAUGUAAGUAAAAUAUUUUAUAUCCAAACUAAAAUUCCAAAGAUAUGUUUGCAUGAUUAAUAUGAAAUUUAUGGCUAUUCUUAAUUUUUAAGGAUUAGGGUGAAUGGAUAAAGGAAAGUUUUGAAAGUAAAAAUCGUAAAUUUUAGAAUUUUAAAAAAAAUCUAAGAAUUUUAGCAAAGGAUCUAUAAAUAAAUUAAAAAGAUAAAAUAAAAAUGAAAUUAAGGCCAUCUAAGAUCAUGUUCCUAACUUGGAUCAGGUUGAGAAAUCCUUAACUAUUUUAAAUCUUCUCUAUUUAAGAAUUUUGA